GGGGAUGCUCGGGUCCCGCGAGGGACAGGGGGCGUAGAGCCCGUGUGGCCCUGGCUUACUCGCCGCCCAGGGACGAGUCCAGUCAUUUGGGGCUUGGGGUGCGCACCCUACCCUGGCCGCACCCCACUUUCAGCCAGAACUAAGCCUCCUCCGAGGGCGACGUGGACGGGACACGCUAGUGAGGACACGGGUGGGGCCUCGGGGCUCGGAACCCCGCGCCGACCGUCCUCGGGCACAGCCAGUCCCCAGACCCAGCUUCCAGCAUCUCGCGUCUUGUGUGAGGCCUUCCUAGUGUCGGAGGUUGACACUGCUUCCUCGAGUCGCCUCCUGUGCUUCCCGGCUUCGCUGCCACUCUGACCGCGCUGGGAUCGGUGCACGAAUCACCUGCCCUGCGUCCCCAGGUGUUUGCAAUGGCUGCAACUGUGAACUUGGAACUGGAUCCCAUUUUUUUGAAAGCGCUAGGUUUUUUACAUUCAAAGAGUAAAGAUUCUGCUGAGAAGCUAAAAGCAUUGCUUGAUGAGUCUUUGGCUCGGGGCAGUGAUUCAAGUUACCGCCCCACUCAAAAGGAUGUGGAACCGCCCAAAAUUUCAAGCACAAAAUCUAUUUCUAUUAAGCAAGAACCCAAAACGUCAUCCAGUCUUCCUCCUGUCAGUAACAAUGGCAAAAUGCUUUCGGCUGAAAAGGCCAAGAAAGAGGCUGAGAAGAGGCCUGCUGAUAAGAUGAAAGCAGACACCACUGAAGGAGUUGAUAUUCCAAAGAAACCGAGGCUGGAGAAACCAGAGACACGAUCUUCUCCCAUUACUGUCCAGACCAGCAAGGAUUUAGCUAUCUCGGACCUUUCCAGCUUCGAGGAGACCAGUGCCGAUGACUUUGCCAUGGAGAUGGGCUUGGCCUGCGUUGUCUGUAGACAGAUGACGGUGGCAUCAGGUAAUCAGUUAGUGGAAUGUCAGGAGUGCCAUAAUCUCUACCACCAGGACUGCCACAAGCCCCAGGUGACAGACAAGGAAGUGAACGACCCUCGCCUGGUGUGGUACUGCGCCCGAUGCACCCGGCAGAUGAAGAGAAUGGCUCAGAAAACUCAGAAGCCCCCGCAGAAGCCAGCCCCAACUGUGGUUUCCGCAGCCCCCGCCGUCAAGGAUCCCUUGGUUAAGAAACCAGAAACAAAGCUCAAACAAGAGACCACCUUCCUAGCGUUCAAGAGGACAGAAGUCAAGACAUCCACCGUUAUUUCAGGAAGCUCGUCCAGCACCAGCGUCUCCUCUUCAGCCACCAGCGGCCUCACCGGGUGGGCAGCUUUUGCGGCCAAAACGUCCUCCGCAGGCCCGUCAACGGCCAAGCUGGGUUCCACCACGCAGAACAGCGGGGGCAAGCCUGCCGCCUCCGCCGCGGGCCCGAAGCCCGUGGGUCUCACGGGCCUGGCGACGUCAUCCAAAGGCGGACCGGGCUCCAAGGUGGGCCCCGGCAGCAGCGCUUCGCCCACCGUGCCCCUGAAACCGCCGCCUCCGCUGACCCUGGGCAAAACCAGCCUUAGCCGCUCGGUUAGCUGCGACAACGUCAGCAAAGUAGGUCUUCCCAGCCCCACCAGUGUAGUGCCAGGGGGCAGCGGCCAGCCCAGCGGGAAUGGAAGCAGCGGCCCCUCGGGGCCCGGCGGAAGUGCCACCAGCAAAGCCACGCCCGAGGCCAGCAGCGGGCCCUCGGCGUCCCUUAAAGGCCCGACAUCUCAGGAGUCGCAGCUGAACGCCAUGAAGCGCCUACAGAUGGUCAAGAAGAAAGCCGCCCAGAAGAAGCUCAAGAAGUGAAGGGCCCGUGGGACCCUGCACCCCUCACCGCGGAGAGGAGGCGGUGCUGCAGGACAUGGACUGCCAGGUUCUAUAAUUUAAUAAAAACCUCCAUAAUCCA